GUUGUCUGUUGAUUGCAGACUGUUAAUGACAGGCCUUCCUAAGUGCCUCAUUGUACAGCCUAUGAUCUAACAAUCAGAUGAUGAUCUAUGAACAAGCACUUGGUGACAGUAAGAAGGAAAAACUGCCUUUUAACAGGAAGAAACCUCUGGCAGGACGAGGCUCAGGAAGGGGAGGGGCCAUCUGGUUGUGGUUGGCCAUGUGAUUGGCUGGUUGGGUCAGAAAGAGACGCCACAAAAGGCAAACUAUGGUAGAGAGGCUGAGUUUUAUAAUUGUGACUACAUGCAAUCUUCACUGGGAUAAAACAAUCUCUAUCCCAGUGAAGAUGAAUAUUUCAUUCGUCAGGAUGUGAUUGAAGCAGGCGGUCUGAUGUAAAGCUGCGAGCAUUUUAACCCAGUGCUUCCCUGCUGUCCAGAUGGAGGGAGAGAAGGAACGACUGAGACAACAUCGGGAUGAGAAGGAGAGCAACGAAGCAGAUGAUUACGGCAAGUGUGACGACGACAAAGACAAGGUCGAGGAAGAUGGGGAAGACUUGGUGGGGGCAGCGCUGGUCUGGCAGGAACGCUACGGCGAGGACAAUCUGGGCCUUCCCAUCAUGCACUGGGAGGCCCUGAGCCUGCGUAUUGCCGAGCUUGAGAAGCAGGAAGAAGAGAAGAAGGAGAAGAGGUUAAAGACUGGCCUUUCUCUGGAGCAAGGAGGAGCCCCAGUCAGCUGGAAAGAGGAGCGAGGGAGGAGAACGGAGAGCUGGGGGGACUGCGAAGACGCCUGCAGACU